CCAUUUCUCAGCAUCCCAUCCAGAACACCCAAAGAAUACUAACACUCCCUGGGAUAUACUAUUACACCCUGGGAACAUGUUAGUGGGCGAUAGCCAGUAGGACCACUUGGAGUGGAUUUUGUUGAAUGCAGUAUGUAAAUUCGAGACCACUUAAAAUGCAAAAGGUUUUGUAACAUGCAGGCCUGUACUAGACAGCCCUGGGCGAACAGACAUGCUGAGAUUGACCAUCCUUAUUUACAGCCGUGGAUAGCCAAUACACAACUGGGGAUGGCUCACAGUUCCAUGGGCCGGCGUCUGGUUGCUUGUCUCCUCAAUGUCUCCGAAGCACGCAGGAAAAAUCUGGUGGAGACAGUGGCCAAGGCAGCCAUAUUCGAUGGUGAUGGCAGGCGACGAGAAGGGACGACAGUCCUCAACAUCUUUAAUGACGACGACUACAACCGUUCAGUCAUCACUAUCGUAGCCAGGAUCGAGUGUAUCACGGAGGCAGUGCUGUCAGCGUGCGAGAAGGCUUGUGGGCUGAUUGACAUGAGUGCCCAUGAAGGGGGCCACCCAGCGAUGGGUUCCGUGGACCUGGUGCCCCUUUACCCUCUGGGAGAGGAGGUGGAACUGGAGGACUGUGCCAAGGAAGCUAAAGCGGUUGCUUCUGGACUAACCAAGCAGGUCAGUGGCACUAGUGCUUUCUUCUUUGGCGUGGCAGAUUCUCCACAGCACAGAGGUUUGGCACAGAGACGCAAGGAGUUGGGUUGGUUCAGGAAGAAUCCAGACAAAGAAGCAGUCCGACCCGAUGUCGGGCCUCUACCGCAGAAACGAUACGGCCUCACAGGCAUCGGAGCAAGUCCCUACGUCACGAACUGCAAUAUUACCAUCGACACCCAGGACUUAGUUCUGGGGCGAAGUGUCGCUAAGGCGAUCAGGGAAUCUACCCCUGGAGGCCUUCCAGGGGUGCAAGUGCUGGCCCUGUCACACAAGGGUGCCGUGGAGAUCGCCUGUAAUGUGGAGAGCGUAAUGGGGAAACCCCUUAACCAGGAUGGGGAAGGGGGCGAGCCGUGGCCCACCUUCAGUAUUGGUGGGCAGCCCUACCACCAUGUUCCAGCAUCUGUCAUCGCAGCCAGGGUUGCAAAGCUGGCAGGACAGCAGGGUGUUGCCACUAAGGGCACGGCACUGGUGGGGUUCACGCCACAUGAGUGCAGGGCCCUGGCAGAGAAAGCUUUGUCACUGGGCAUCGGUGAGUUCUGGAAAGAGCAGCGCAGGAUAAACAUGUAAACGUUAACUUGUUUCUUAUAUAUAUAUAUACCUAAAAGUAUUGUAUAUUGUAUUAUUUAGGAAUUAGGCGUAAUUAAAUUAAUGCAUUCUUAUGUACAAGAUUUACAGCACAUGAAUAGUACAAAUGCAACAAAAUUUUUUAGCUUCUGUCCACUUUUGAUGCUUUUCAUGCCCAGAAUCUCUCACUAUUACACAACUGUAUGGAAUCCAUUGGAAUUUGUAUUUGUGACAAGGAUAUUGCACUUAUUAUCUUAUUUAGUGUUGUGAUUGUUGAAUAACUAUAACAUAGGCCUGAAGUAUUAAUGGAAAGCUUGACAGUUAAUUCACUCAAGUAUUAUCAAGUAUUUUGAGUUAAAAUAGCUUGAUACGACAGUGAGACUGAUAGGCUUACAAAUAGAGUAUUUUUUAGAUACAAGGUAAAGUUUGUUCACGGCUGCCACACAAUUAUUGACUUUGAGUUAUAGAACUCAUUACUUGCAGUUUUUCAAACAAACAAUUAUAUUGAAGGACUCAUUGAAUAGUUCUUGACUUUAACUUAGGCAGAGUCUUUAUACUUUUGGUUCUACAAAGCUGUGUGUGUCAUAGAAUUCAAUAGUAAUUUAAGCUGUAACCUAGGAUACUACUCAGAAAUGUUCAGUGGCUCAAUAUUCUCAACUAGUGAUUCCGCAAUGUCUUUUCAAUAUGUACCCAAAAAACAAGGGAGAUAUACCAAUCUUUCCUUAGUCACCCCCCCCCCAUCACAACAUGUUUAUGUGUAUAAUUUAAUUUAGAAAUUUCCUUGUUUUUGAAAGAAAUGCAAAAAAAAAAU